GUGAACUAAAAAUAAGUGAUGCUUAAGAAAUGUUUAACAAUAUUAAAAUACGACUCAUAAUAUAAUUUUAUGAAAAUGCAAAAGUGGUUAAAAAUCCCCAUAAAACGAACAAUAAGUUACCAAUAAGACAAUUACAAAAUGAAUGCUUUUAUUCAUAUUUAAAUUAUUGAUUAAUUUAAUAAUAAUUCAAUUAAUAAAAUGGUGCUGAAAAGUCGGUGAUAGUGAUAUAAAUUAAAAAAAAUGGAAAGAAAGGUGUCGAUGAGGAGGAGGCCUGUGAAGCAGAAGACAUUGGCUUCGAGGCUGAGGAACUACUUGAGGAACUUUAUUGCCUUUAUGUUCAGUAAUGUUGGAAUCAUUGGACUUGUAGUUUCUUAUACGAUAGCAGGAGCGUUCAUGUUCAUAGCCAUCGAAGGCGGGGACGUCCUCCAACUAUGGGCAGGGAUGACCAGAGCACGAAAUUCAGUGGUGGAACGACUCUGGUUGGUGUCCUGUUGCCAACAGAACACCUUCAACGAGACAGUCUUCAGAGAUAUAGUUUCUUCUGAAUUGUUGUCCUACCAGAGAACGGUGGUGACGGCCGCUCGUGGUGGAUGGUCGGGUUUUAGCCCUUCGAAACCGGCGAAGAAGGCGCCGCCGCCGCCGCCGUCGUCGUCGUCGUCGUCGUCGCCGAAAGCGACUUCGGCAGCGGCCGGCGGAGGUGCAGGUGCAGUCGGCGAAGCCGCUGGAAACGAUGAUGCGGGUGCUGGUGGUGCUGGUGGUGCUGGUGGUGCUGAUGAUGAGCACGAGGAGACCGUGUGGUCGUUUUCUGGGGCGUUCUUGUAUUCUUUGACUGUUAUUACUACUAUAGGUUACGGCAACAUCUCUCCUCGCACGGAAUGGGGCAAAGUGGCAACAAUACUGUACGCCAUCGUGGGCAUGCCCUUAUUUCUUUUAUAUUUAUCGAAUAUAGGUGAUAUAUUGGCAAGAUGCUUCAAAUGGAUCUACGCCAAGUGCUGUUUGUGUCGCGUCUGUCCGAGUGUUGCAAGGCGAAGGGCGAUGCGCAGGAGGGCGAGCAACGCCGAUGCCAACGAAUGGAGGCUGCGCAAUUACUUGGAACGUUCCUCCCAAGCAGGAAUGUCUCGUCCUAAUCUCUACCUGAACGGCAUCGAAAUGGAGAUGACUUCCCACAGUUCCAAAUCGACUUCGGCUUCAACAUCGUCCACUUACUGGGACGAAGAACUUGACUUUGAUGACGAGGAGUACGAGGAUGGCAAAAGGACAGGUUUGGAUCGGUACGAAAGGGUUUCUGUCCCCAUCACUUUGUGUUUGGCCAUAAUGGUCGGGUAUAUUAUUUUUGGUUCCUGUCUGUUCUCCCGUUGGGAAGAUUGGGACAGUGUGGACGGGUCCUAUUUCUGUUUUAUUUCUCUAAGUUCGAUUGGAUUUGGUGAUAUUGUACCAGGGGAUAGAAUAACUUCCGAAAAGGGUUUGGAACUUAGUUUCAUCCUGUGCGCUAUGUAUUUGAUGUUGGGUAUGGCUUUGAUUGCCAUGUGCUUUAAUUUGAUGCAGGAACAAGUGAUACACAAUAUGAGGUCAAUAAAAAGAGGAGUCGUGCGACUCUUUCAGUGUAAAAAAAACCAACCGGAGACAGAAGACAAUUAA